AUGGCUCUCUGUGGACCUUCCUGUGCCCUCCCGUCUUCUGCCUCCAUCCCAACCGUUGGGUUCGGAUCUGCCGGUUUGGGGGGCCUGGCCUCCAGAGGCUUGGGUCUCGGUCCCUUCCCCUUGGCCGAGUCUUCAGGAAGCCUGGGCACCUUGGAGGGCAUUAUCCCAUCCUGCAUCAACCAGAUCCCACCCUCUGAGGUGACCAUCCAGCCUCCUCCAGUUGUGGUCACCAUCCCUGGUCCCAUCCUGUCCGCCAGCUGUGAACCCGUCGCCGUCGGAGGCCACAACCCAUGUGCUCCUGGUGGUCUCGGCCAAGGGUUGCCUCUGAGUCUUGGAGGCCUCUCUCGCCUGGGCAGCCCUUACGGAUUUGUCGAUCCAUACCUCUUCCUAUCAACCAUGUCUUACGGAUGGAACCACUCCUACCCCAAUUGUGUCCCUGUGACCGUCACUCUGCAGCCACCUCCAUUCAGCAUGAACAUCCCCCGCAAUUCGCUCUCCUGCUCCGACGAGCCUGUGGACCUCCCCAAUGUGGUCCUGUACACUGUGGUCCCGUAUCAUACCGUUCUGUAUCAUGUCGUCCUGUAUCAUGUGCUCCUAUAUCAUGUCGCCCUGUAUCGUGUGGUCCUGCGUCCUAUGGCCCCGUAUCAUGUGGUAUCAAGUCUUCCCCUCCCAUCCAGCAGCGUUUACUCCCAGAAGUCCCAGCAGCAGCAGCAGCAGCAGCAGCAGCUGCAGAAAUUUCAACAACGCUUCUAA